UAACUGGUUAAAGGGUUUUUUUCUGUAAAACCAAAACCAGACAGGAAAUGAAGGGGGUUCUUAGCAGUAUGUUGCCUGUGGGGGCUUUGGUUCCUGUGAAGGAGGAUGAAGUCGAGUAUUCGUUCGCUAUGGAGUAUAAAGGUCCUCUUGUCUCAUAUGAUCUUCCUCGAGCUGUUCCUAUCGACAUAAGACGGAUUCCGACUGCUGCGGUGGUUGCCCCUAGUGCAGUGCCUGAUAAAGUGUCCUUGCCGGUUGUCCAACCACUCCUCUCAAGAGAUCCUCUGAACAAGAAGUUGUCCAAAGAGCUUACUCGUGGUUCUGAUGCCGAUUUCUCGCCAAAUUCGGUCAUUGCAUUUGAGCCGCGAAGUAGAGACGGUUAUGAUUGUCGAUUUUCUGAUGAAUUCAGUAACUCCGACACUGUAGGGUUCUCAAAUGGCCACAAUGGAUGUUGUGACUUGUCGGAUGUAAUUGAUGAUAGCUUGGGUGCGCCAGAUUUCUCGAAUAGCCGUGAACGUUCGUGUGAGUUAUCUGGAGGAUUAGGUAGUUCAGGCACGUUGGACUUUUCUAACAGCCUUGAUCACUCAAAUGACUUGUCUGGAAGCUCAGGUGUAUUGGGAUCUUUGAAUGAUUGCAAGGAGAGUUUAGAUUUUGUGGAAGAUUUAGUAGAUGAUAUAAAUCCGCUGGAUUGGGGCUCGAUUGAGUCAGUUUCGAGUUUGCAUUUUCUGUCUUCUGAGAUUUCUUCUUGCCAGGGUGAUGAUGCCAACGAUAUGCCACCUCACGAUGCCAAAAGAACAUCAGUAGUAACAUUCCUUGAUGCUGAAUCCAGCGGCACAGUUCAUGAGGAAGUGAGCUCUGACAAGAUAGAAGUUGAGGAAGGAAAAAUUAGGCCUGAAACAAAGGGGCGGAAAGGGUCGUGUUAUCGCUGCUAUAAAGGAAAUCGGUUCACAGAGAAGGAGGUCUGCAUUGUGUGCAAUGCAAAGUAUUGCAGCAACUGCGUGUUGAGGGCGAUGGGGUCGAUGCCAGAAGGAAGGAAAUGUGUUUCCUGCAUUGGAAUUCCUAUUGACGAGUCAAAGAGAGGGAGCUUGGGUAAAUGUUCUCGAAUGCUGAAGCGGCUUCUUAGCCAGUUGGAAAUUCAACAGAUAAUGAAUGCUGAGAAAUUAUGUGAAGCGAAUCAGCUGCAGCCGGAGCUUAUUUAUGUGAAUGGGAAGCAGCUUUGUCAAGAGGAGCUGGUCUUAUUGCAGAGCUGCCAAAACCCACCAAAGAAGCUAAAACCAGGACAUUAUUGGUAUGACAAAGUAUCUGGUCAAUGGGGAAAGGAAGGACAGAAGCCAAGCAGGAUUAUUACAGCCGAUCUAAAGGUUGGGGGUCCUAUCAUGCAAAAUGCUAGCAAUGGAAACACUGGAAUUCUUAUAAAUUGUCGGGAGAUUACUAAAGUAGAACUUCGGAUGCUUCAGUUGGCAGGAGUGCAAUGUGCAGGAAAACCACACUUUUGGGUGAAUGCGGAUGGAACGUACCAAGAAGAAGGUCAAAAAAAGAUGAAAGGGAAUAUAUGGGACAAGUCUGGAACAAAGCUAGUUUGUGCUUUGCUUUCGCUGCCAGUUCCUUGUAAGGCUUCAAAUACUUGUCAAGGUGGUGUUAAUAAUCUGGUGAACGGAGUUAUCCCAGACUACUUUGGCCAGAGAGCACUUCAGAAGCUUCUUUUAGCUGGAUAUAAGGGAUCUGGAUCAAGUACCAUAUUCAAACAGGCCAAGAUUUUGUACAACUCUGCCCCUUUCUCAGAGGAUGAGCGUGAGAAUAUCAGGAUGAUGAUCCAGAGCAAUGUAUACAGAUACCUUGCUAUACUGCUUGAGGGGCGUGAACAAUUUGAAGAAGAAAGUUUGACUGAAAUCGCAAAAAAACAUUCUUGUGAUCAAUCUGGUACCCUAGGGAAUGGCAAUGAAAGUGAUGAUAAAAUAGUCUAUUCCAUUGGCCCAAGGUUGAAGGCAUUCUCGGAUUGGCUUCUCAAAGUUAUGGUAACAGGUAAUCUGGAAGCCAUCUUCCCAGCUGCUACUCGAGAAUAUGCACCAUUAGUGGAGGAGUUGUGGAAGGAUGCAGCCAUUCAGGCCACAUACGACCGGAGAAGUGAACUACAAAUGCUACCUACUGUUGCUAGUUAUUUUCUGGAGCGGGUUGUUGAGAUCUGUAGGACGGACUAUGAACCUUCGAAUAUGGACAUCCUAUACUCUGAGGGAAUCACUUCAUCAAAUGGGCUUGCAUGCAUGGACUUCUCAUUCCCCCAGUCGGCAUAUGGUAGCAACCCCGACACUGCUAAUGAGCAUGAUCCCUUGCUAAGGUAUCAACUCAUUAGAGUGGAUGCAAGAAGCCUUAGAGAAAACUGCAAGUGGCUGGAGAUGUUUGAAGAUGUUAGACUUGUCAUAUUUUGUGUUGCCUUGACUGACUAUGAUCAAUUCUGUGAUGAUGGGAAUGGGAUUGCAGUGAAUAAGAUGUUGGCUAGCAGGAGGCUCUUUGAGAGCAUCGUCACUAAUCCUACUUUCGAUCAGAUGGAUUUCCUUCUGAUACUCAACAAGUUCGAUAUGUUUGAACAAAAGAUUGAACAGGUCCCUCUUGGCGUGUGUGACUGGUUCAACGAUUUCAACCCACUGAUCAGCCACCAUCGCUCCAACAAUAGCAGCUUCAACAAUAAUUCGUCGCUGGCCCAGCAGGCUUCCUACUAUAUUGCUGUCAAGUUCAAGAGGCUGUUUUCUUUUCUUACUGACCGUAAGUUGUAUGUUUCGAUGGUGAAUGGGUUGGAUUCGGAUACCGUUGAUCAAGCUCUCCAUUAUGCAAGUGAGAUUCUGAAGUGGGAUGAUGAAAGAGCCUACUUCAGUAUCAGUGAGUACUCGAUUUACAGCACUGAAGCAAGCUCCACUUCCCAUUGAUGUUGAAUGGGAAUGGCUUGUACAUGCUCCAGCUCUUUGUUUAAAUCAGUAUUCAGUGCCACUGUAUAUAUACAUAGUUUGUGUAAACUGUAAAUCAAAAGAAAAAGAAGAGAAUUGUUUUGGGAGCAAGUGCAAAAUGGU